AUGUCAUCUUCAUUCCCUUCUCCAACUCCUCCGGCCACCGGAGGCGUACCUAUCUCCGUAAGAGGAAGAACAUCGCGUGGGCCGAGCAGUGUUUCACGAGAUAGCUCAGCAAAAACGAUGGUGACAGAUCAAAUCUCGCAAGCGGUUCUCUCUACCUCAAAUCUCCUUCACAUCAUGCUUCAAUCGUCUCCAUCUCAGGACAAACUUGUAAAGCUUCCUAAAAAUCUUUUGGCUAAAGCGUCUACAAUAAAGAACACUCAACAGGUGUUGGAGCAGAUGCCUUUGGUGAUUUCAUCCUUAGAUGCACACAUGGAUCAUGGGUUACAGAGAAUUGAAAGAUGGAGAGAAAACAAACAGGAAAUUUUCUCUCCUUCAACUAUACCAACAAAUUUGAGUUUAAUUUUGUCAACCCAUUUUGAAGAGAUGACAAUUUUGUUAGGAGGAUAG